AUGUCACUCACCGCAGAACAACAAAAGCUCAAGGAAGGUUUCGACGCGGCUCUUGGACCGGCAGCGUUCGAUGAAUCAUGGUCUCGGAUGCUCAAGCACGCUCCUGAUAUGUUCGCCUCGAGUGUGCGACUUGCCGGCGUGCCCAAGAAGAAAAGCCAUCUCACACCGAAGAUCCAGAGUUUAGUUUCGAUCGCGAACGGCGCGACGAAGGCAGAAAUAGUUGAAGUGCUGUCCUUAACUUCUACAUUGGGCAUACAUGCGUGUACUGUUGGCGUGCCGAUAUUGUUCGAAGUACUAGAGGAACAAGGGAAGCCAAUGCCGAAAGGUAUGGAGGGUAUGAGCAAAGACCAAUGGGCUAUGAAAGAAGAUUUUGAGAAGAAGCGCGGCUAUUGGAAUACUCUAUGGGAGGAGUUCUUACGCCUGAGUCCCGAGUUCUUCGACGCAUACACGGAAUUUAGCUCUGUGCCUUGGCUGAACGAGGGCGGCAAAGGAGUACUAGAACCAAAGGUGAAGGAACUCAUAUACUGUGCCUUCGACACUGCAGCAACGCACAUGUACCAACCAGGUCUCAAGCUCCACAUGCGCAAUGUUCUCAACUAUGGCGGCACAGCGGAAGAGAUAAUGGAAGUAAUGGAACUUGCCACGUUGCUCAGCAUAAGCACCAUGGAUGCCGGACUCGAAGUACUGGAGAAGGAGCUGGCACAACAAUAA